UCCCCGAUCAUGAGUCGGACUCGAUACUAAUCCUAAUAUAUAAAGAGUAGUACCUAAUUUGCAUCACAAUCAAAUUGAUUCUCAAGAAUUAUAAUUAAUGGCUUCUCAGGUGCCCUCAUAUUAUCCAUUCAACGAAUUUGCGCCGCUGCCGCCAUUGGACGCCGCCUCUCUCACGAUCGAAGACUAUCCCCCUUAUGAUCAACCGUUCGAAUUAGAUUGCGGCGGAGGUGGCGGCAGCGGCGGCGGCAACUCUGUUUAUGCUCCCGGGUUUAAGUUCCGGCCGACCGACGAGGAGCUGAUCGUGCACUACCUACAGCUGGAGUUUAUUAAAGCCUCUCUUCCGCAGACAAGGAUCAUCAAGCAUGCAGAUAUCUACGAUUACGAGCCACAUCAACUUUCUGGUUUGGUUGAAGAAGAUCAUGGAGAUGGGAAGAUGUAUUUCUAUACUAUGAUUAAGAAGAUCGGAAAAUCCAAGACAGAUCGAAGCAUAAAAUCGAAGAAGGGGAAUUGGAAGCCAACUCAGGCCCCCAAAGAAAUCAAGGGUAGUAUAAGUGGAACUAUCAUUGGCUACAAAACAUCUUUCAAGUAUUAUGAAGACAAGAAGAAAACCCAAUGGCUGAUGCAAGAAUACAAGCUCAACACUUCACACCAUUCUUCUCGACAACUUGUGCUCGCAGUAGUCUACUUUCAUCCCCAGAAAAAAGCAGACGACAGCGACGACGACUGCUGAACUCAACCACCACUUUAAUCUAUGAUAUGAUGGCUUGCAGAGGGGUGCUGACCUAGUUAGGAUGCCUCUGUUUUGCUUGAUCACCUUUUUCUUUUUCUUUUUUUUCUUGUUGGUUGUUUCAAACAAAACUUUUACUAAUUAUGUAUAAUA